CUGCUACUUGAUUUCACCUAUCGCUGGUUAUUUUUAGAACCUAACACCCGAGGGACAGCUGAGAAAUAUAACAUUUGAAUCCCUUUUCUCUUUUGCUUUGAGGCGCAGGGAAAAAAUAUCGACCAGUCGAUGAAAAUCAUUUACAGGUAUAUUGGGUAAAUGCCCAAGACAUCUAUAGAAAUGUAAAUCGCCGCUUGAUUCAUUCAUUUGCUUAACUUGUUCUGGACCGUAAACAAGGCGCUAAUAGGACACCGGAAACAAAGCUCCCCACAGGAGUUUCCACACCGGAAGUAGCAUAUGCUAACGUGCACAUAGUCUGUUCAUUUAAAUAUAAAUUGAUUUUACGUGAAACUUGUUUCUCUAAUUAUUUCAUGGUUGCGGUGCUACAUUGCAUCUUGAAUUUGUUUUACUUGUCAAUCUAAUCCAUUAAAUUCAGGGACGGGUCUAAGAACCAUGUAGUCUAAAAGAAUGCUUUGGUUUGAAGUUAGCUUUGGGUCACAACUUGGUCAGAGAUCUCAACAAAUGCUGGUGUGCUUUUGCAAAUGAACUUUUUGGCAACGGUACCAUUUUAAAACUUGGAUUUUUAGGGUGCUUGACAUUCAUUCUGGGAUACCUGGCUGCCCCACAUCGGCCUCAACUUGCUGUGCAGGGAAACUGCUCAUCUUGGGGUCCUGUGGAUGGAUGAAUAUUUGGUACUUUAAGUAAUUAUGCGUUUAAUUGUGUAUUAAUUUUAUUUCCAUUUUAAUUCACACAUUAUUUUCUGUAUUUAUUUAAUUUUGGCACUCCUAUCACUCCAUACAGUAAGUUUAAAAUUGUAACAGUAAAACACCAAAUUAUAAAUAUAAUUGUAGUAAAAUAGCACUCAGUUUUAUGGAUAAUAAUGUGCAAGCCAUUUGGUGCUACCAAAAUUGUGUUGUUCCUUAUUCACACUCAUGCGUUCACACAGAGACGGAGUGAUACACCAUAUGCUUUGCACAUAUGUGUCAGAAACAGACCAGAAAUUGAGCGUGACCCAUUUUUAGCUGUGCAUGUUAAAUCAAAUCAAUUAUGGACACAAGCUGGAAAGAAAGUGAGCCUGACGGGAAUCUUCACAAUUUUUUUUUUUUUUUUUUUUUUUUUUUUUUUUUUUAGUGGGUCAUACGGCAGAGAGAAGCUGCAGUUUCACUGCAUAUGCAGGUAUGAAAAUGUUCUGUGUAUGAAUGCAGAUGUAAUCAAAACUGUGGGGACAGAAAUGCAGACUAGUUUUUAAGCAGUCGUCCAGCUUUGGAAACCGAAGGGGAUGUACUGAAAAAGUGUAAAUGUAGUUUAGCAACUGGGUAGCCAUAUCAAAAGAUUUCAGAUCCUCAUUCUUAAAUCUGUUGCCAAAGCAGGGAAAUGCCACCAAUACACAGACACCACACCACUGCUUUUCUCCCCACUGUCCAGCCUCGUCAACAAAUCUCUUAGAUCAGUCUUUUACGACUUGGCUUGCCUUUGAGUUAUCGUCUUAAAGAACCACGGUUCUUAUACAAAUGUGACUAAUAAUAUAAUGCUGUUAGUUUUGUUUUCCUCUGGAAGAAGGUUGCAGCGUUAAAGUGAGAGGAGCUAAAUGGCUCAUUUCUGAGAGAACUUAAACUUAAAUAGAAUAAAUAGAACUUAAAUAAAGGCAAAGAAUAAGCUUGCAUUAGAUGAGAAGUUCAGAAACUUGCUGUAAUAAGCACAAUUGCCAUUUCUUCUAAAGAAAUGUUUUAAUUCUAACUGAGCCACAGUUUGCUGACCUCUGGUUAAAAGUUACCUCAGCAACCCCCAACACUCGAACCAAGCACAGUAGAAGGUAAAAUAUGUUUAGUUAUUAAGCAUAGAUUUAAAUAAAAAAUAUAUUAGCAUAAUUAAGGUAAAAUAUCUAAAAAUCAAGAAAGCUAAAUAAACAAAAUAAGGUAUCUUUAUAAAAACGGCACAGCAAAUAUCAGAUGAUGUUACAGUAAAGUGUAGUGACGAUACAAAUAAACUGUUAGGGAUCAUACGAAGCUCCUCUAGUCUAAGUAUAAACAUAGCAUCAGUUAAGUUUAAGCCAGUAUCAAGCAGCCCACGUGGACUUAUUUUGUCAUUUUGACUGUAAAACUACAAAAUGCAGUUGACCCUGGUAUUCGCAGGGGUUAGGAACCACAACCGCCCGCAAAGAACUGAGAACUGCAAAUAAUUGAGACGUGGAAAACUUCUUGGCACUACCACAGAAGCUAACAUCCACAGUCUUGAUGUACUGGGCGGUACUCUGUUCAACAUGAAGGAAAAUGAAUGGCACUCCUAGAUUGGCUGCUUUGCAAACACCAGCCAAUAGCGUGUCAAAUCAAAAAAAUCUGUGAAUAGGCGAAUUUUCCCCAAAUAAUUUGGAGUUACUUUCCACAGAAAAAUCUGCGAAUACUGAACUGCGUAUAGAUGGAGGUCGACUGCAGUCAUCUUUCUGGAACCAUUUGAAUAAAAAGCACACACUGUAAAAUCUAGGUUCCCCCGUCUGGUGUUCACACAGUACCUUAUGAAUGCUUUGUGCUACCAUGAUACACAGAAUAUCCCUGUAAAGGGCAUCUUCUCGUCUUUCCCAAACUGUUUACAUUUUGCCUUUAGAACAAGUGGUAAAGGAGUUUAGAAGCCUUGUAAAAUGGUCCUGCCGCCAGACCGAUGGUUUCAAAGAAAAAUAAAAAAGGUUAAACUGUUCAAAUUUGUCUAAAUAAUGACCUGGGGGGAAAAACAACUAAUCUGUAGUUGCUAAAUUAGUCUAAUAUUGUAGAAAAUGCUGUUAAGGAUGAUGCAUGUUGUAGUAUUUGUGAUGUGCUCAUCUGGCCCAUCUGGUCUCCCCAGAUCUGUCUGUCAGAGAGGAAAGAGGAGCCUCCGGUCUGCAGACAGACAGAUUAGUCCAAAUUCAGCUGUUUUUGUUUUCCCUCCCUAAGGACUCUGGUUUGUCUGCUCUGUCUCUCUGUCUGCUGGGAGCCCACCUCCAUCAAGGAGGGAGAGCAAUAAACCCGGUGCUACGUCGGCUGCCCUCCAAUGACACUGACUAUAACUCAUCUCUGUCCACGGUUCGUGAUGAAUCACAUUCUCCUAUUUCCUCCAAAAAUACACCCUCAAUCAGAAAGGCUGCUAACCUUUCCUUCCUCUGUGAGAGAGGGGAACAUUUUAAAAUUUUGAAAGGUCAAGCGAUGCCCUGGACGUACACGUCCAUUGAUGUCAGCAGCAGUUUCUAUGGCAGCCGCUCGGACAGGAGUGGGAGUUUUACAUUGGAGGAAGGAUGGAUUAUUAGCAUAGGCGGGGAUUUGUCUCUGUCUGGCCAGGCACAUCGUGAAUGAUCUCGUAGUGCCAUGUUUGUGAAAUACGACUAAGGAACAACAUCUCUUGCUGCUCACUUCUUAAUCUUGUUGUGUUUUUGUUUCUCUUCCUCCUCUCUUUACUAUGUUCAAAAAGAAACCAGUUUGCCCAGCCCUUUAUUUUGCAACUUAGCUUGUUAGCAGAAUAAUAUAUUAAAACCAAGGCUCUGGAGGUCUGAAUUUGAGCGAUGCCUCAGGGUUGAUUUAACAUGUGGCAGACCGGAGCAGGCAUUUCAUUUGAGCGCAGGUGUGCGACUCAACGCUGCCUGCACAGCUCCAGCGUUUUGUUUUUUUUUUCCUGGGGAAUGACUCAGUGCAACGGCGACAAAACAAAAGCAGAGACGGGUGCUUAACGGGAGCGAGACAGCCAGUCAGCUUCUGCAACGUCAGCCCUGGCCCACCGGGGCAGCCGAGCCUCAGUGCUGUCAUCAGAUUUGUUGAAUCAACCCAGCAGCCUGUAUCGGAGGAGGGCAGGCAGAGCGUGGCGGUAGCUGUGAUUUGACGAGGAUGACUUGGAGAGGGGUGGUGGCAGCCGCUUUGCUCAGACGUUUGCAGGUUAGAGCCUGAGGCAAGCCAAUGUUGGUCGGAAGACUUCCUUCCUCUGCCCACCGGUGGACAUACUUAGACCUUAUCUUUAUGUUUUAGCCAUGGAUUGGAUGCAGUGGACUCUAAUACCACCAGCGGCAGGCAGCGUCUGGCCUGCUGUUCCUCAGGAGUUGAGUGAAACGCUGACUCUGACCACCGCUCUGGGUUAUAGCCUCUUAGCCUGUGAGACAUGCAUGCUGAACUGCCGCUUUGAUCCUGAAUCUGCCAAGGUUUCGGACCUCAACCCCAAUGCGAAAGCAUGGGCCAACCACAUGUUUAGCCUGGACCCCAGCGGGACUGCCGACACCACAACUGCUGCCCUGCAGCCAUGGAAGGAAGGCUGCGAUAGUUCGGCCGAUCCCGGCCCAGAAGGCUAUGAAGCCAGUGAAGACAAGGCUUACAAGGAGCCCCUUCUAACCGACCCAGAUGAGCCUCCACCGGUACCAGUAAUGCUGGCUGAGCCAGCCGCCGUCACUCUGGAGUGCUCCGAGUCAGCCUGCACAGAAUACCCCAAGCCUGGGCAGCCAGGGCACACAGGCAGUGAUCCCCAGCCUGACAACCCCCAGGAGGGCUUGAGGGAGCACCUGAAGAAGACCCUGGAGUUCUGUCUUUCCCGGGAGAAUCUGGCCAGUGACAUGUACCUCAUCUCCCAAAUGGACAGUGACCAAUAUGUGCCAAUUGUGACGGUGGCCAACCUGGACCACAUCAAAAAGCUCAGCACGGACGUGGAGCUGAUUGUGGACAUCUUACGAUCUUUGCCAUUGGUCCAGGUGGAUGAGAAGGGGGAAAAGGUGCGACCCAAUCAGAACCGCUGCAUCGUGAUCCUCAGAGAGGUUCCAGAGAGCACGCCCAUAGAGGAGGUUGAGGCUCUUUUUAAGGGGGACAACUUACCCAAGUUUAUCAACUGUGAAUUUGCCUACAAUGACAACUGGUUCAUCACUUUUGAAUCAGAAGCAGAUGCACAGCAGGCAUAUCAAUAUCUCCGUGAGGAAGUGAAGACCUUCCAAGGGAAGCCAAUAAAGGCGAGGAUAAAGGCGAAGGCAAUCGCUAUCAACACUUUCAUACCAAAGAACGGUUACCGGCCGGUGGAGGUGAACCCGUACGCUCAGCAGCGCUACACAUCCUACUACAUCCCGCCGGUUUACAGCCCCCAGCAGCAAUUCCCGUUAUACAGCCUCAUCACGCCGCAGGCCUGGUCGGCCACACACAGCUUCAUCGACCCCGCGCUGGUUACUCCAUUUCACAACAACCAGUUCAUCAACGGAUUUACAUCUCACAGUUUCAAACCAGCGACGUCGCCCCUCACUGUCAGACACUACUCGCCCAGGAACAGGAAUCACAGCAAGCCUCACCUGAGGCCGACCAUCCCCACAGCGGAUCGCAGCACUGGGCUACUGGACAGCCCGAGCCUCUUUGCCAGCUUUCCCAGCGAGAGGCUCAAUGGGGCUCGCAGCAGCCCGCCAACGCGACUCCCCACCAGCCAACCCAGAACCAGGUUACCCUCCACUGCAGCCUUCCCUCGUAGGGACACUGUGGGCACGGGGCGAGUAACGGAGCCCGCAACCACAGACUACUCGCUGGGGAUCGGCCGAGGAAGGAAAAAUGUUUCUGCUUCUAGGAAAAAGAGGGACGAAAAGUUUACAAGAGUGACGCCUCAGUCGCCGCCUCCGCCUCCAAAACCUCCAUCUCCAAGCUUCGAGCUCGGUCUCUCCAGCUUCCCUCCUCUGCCCGGAGCAGCCGGCCAGCUCAAAACUGACGACGUCUUUGACAACCGACUGGCCAGCAGCGUAGUCGUCGGAAACUCCAAGGAACGGAAUGUAAGUGCUGAGUCCAGUAGUGGAGGCACUCUCUCCCCAGCGGGUCCCAAAGAGCCUCUCCGGUCCUCAACGUCCCCGAUGGCCACAACCUUCCAGCCCUCGCCGACCACCCCGACCACGACCCCCGCCUCGACGCUGACCCCUUCCCCUGGCACGCCGCACAGUCCCGCUCCCUCCCUCCCAGUAACGGAGGUGAAGGUGACAGAGGUGAAGCCGAAGGAGGUGCAGCUGUCUGUGGAGCGAGUUCCUGGGACUCUGUCCACUGCAAGCAAAUCGGUGCAGGUCAACGGUGCUGCCACAGAGCAGAGGAAGCCCUCCUACGCCGAGAUCUGCCAGCGGGUGAAGGAUACCCCGACGUUACAGCAACCAACCACCCCUAAGGAAGCUAAGCCAGCCUGCGCCGCCACAGCAGGCGAGGAGAGGAAGUGCCCCGACGCCUCCACGCCUUCAGGGGAGGCCAAGGCCAGAGAGACUUACCACCCCUCCUCCAAACCCAGUUCAACGGGUGCCACCACAGGCAGACCCCCGAAGGAGGUCCGAAGGCCGGGUGGGCGGUGGGCCUCUCCGCCCCCACACCCAGGGAAAACCCCCAACAAAGAUUCCCACCACACCCCACCCAAAUCCCCGCAGUAGGGUGACCUCCUUUCCCUCCCCAAGUCCUCCAACCCCACUACUAUGCUCCACAGAUGCGUUUAAAAAAAUAAAGGAAAUACAAGUCAGGGCUACUCGAUACUUAUAUCCCAGAAUCACCCGUCACAAACAAGCAUAGAGGACGCCUUCUUUUCUGGAUCAGGGCUUGCAGACAAAAAGCACUUUACUGUGCAUGUAGAGCACCGUUUCUUUUUCUUUAUAUUCUAUUUAUUGUUUUUGGUUUUUCACUUUUAUUUCUCCUUUUCUCUUUUUGCAUUACGUAGUGGUGUCAGCCUGUCAGGUGGCACAGACAACACUGAAAUUUGUUCAUUCUGUCCAAAUGGCCUUGUGGGAUUAAAUUAGCCGCGUGUGUGUGUGCGUGCGUGUGUGCGCAUGUGUGGGAAGCAGCAGGGCAUUGUUGGAAGCCACCCCAAAGGAUGAUGGGAAAGGGUGCAUAAAACAGACUUGUUUGGCUGUCAUAAUGAGGGGUUUGUUUGCAUGUUGAGUGGUAGCAUUGUGCAAAUUUAAGUGGCUUAAUUAUGGGUCAUUAUUAGUCCUUUUGUUUUUAAAUACAUAUUCACAUCCAUAUGCAACUCAACAUCACAAGAAGACUUGGAUCCUUUGGUUUACAUAGAAUUUUUUGCAGGUUUGUUUACACUAGGUGGCUUUUAUGUCUUUUUGGGGUUUUUUGCAAACCGUAGUUGGCUGUUGGUACAGUAAUUGGUCAUCCUCCCCUCGGCGUCUUCUCCCUCUGAUCCUGUUCUUAAAGGAUCACCCCUCCUGCUGUUAUUCCCUCUCUGUUUUGCUAACAUGCUAACUCACCAUAGUGUGCGUCUGUGGCUUAACGUGGGGUCAGCGCUGUUUUGUUUUUGUUUUUUAGUAUCACACAGGAAGGGCACAUGACUUUCUCUAAAAUGAGGCAUCUUGUUGUAACAGUGAAAGUAGGUGAGGUGUUGCGCACACUGCAUAUGUGUCUGCAGACAUUUAACUAGUCAGGAAGCUAAAUUCUCUCCCCGCUUUUCAUUUCCUGUCAAACUGUUGAUCAUUAUUGUGGAAGGAAGGAAGAUGCAGGGCAGGUUUUAGGCUGACAAACUUAAAAAUCGAGCGGUGACGAGGAAGCCGCUUCUUCCCAUCUGAAAGGGUUUUGUUUAUUCUGGAGGCGAGGGAACGCUGGCAAGCAGGAAGGAGGAAAUUAACACUAGCUACCAGCUAUCAGUUCAGUAAACACGUCUGUCUACAGGCGCCGAACGGAGGGUUUUUUGGUUUUUGUUUAAUUUUCUGGAAAUCUGCUGAGACAGAGUGACUCAUCAGGAGGCUGAGAUGUGUGUUAGUUUCCUGCCAUAAAAUGGGACAAGUCCAGAGUUCAGUGUGGCGAUUUGAUCCAGUGGGAAGUUUCCUGUUCAAACUGUUCAAACCUCCUUUCAAACGGUGGCAUGUUUGUAGUUCUUUCUCCUACUUAUGGUGCUAGAUAUCAAAACCUGGAAUCUGUUACUACAACUCCUCUGAUACUGUAAGUAGAAAUACUUGAUUUACAUCUGCAGACGUUUAAUUGCACUGUUGUUGUUUUCUCAGACUCUCGCAAGCAAAUUCAUGUGAUUAAUCCUACCUAAAGUGAAAAAAGGGACUAACUUUGUUUUGUUUUUUGGGGAGGAAGUUGGGGAAUGACACACACAGUUCAGUUUUCCAGGAGGGAAGUUGACGAACACCCUGCUGCAUCAUCUCCAUUGACACAAUCACUGAAGCUUUUUUGUCUUGUCGGUCAUGUUGAAGCAUCUGUGCAGCAUUAAAUUUUUGAAGACUGAUGCUUAACGUUUUUUGUUCGUUUGUUUGUUUUUGUUCGGUGCUGCUUGAAUAGACAUGCAGUGGUUUGGAUUUUUAACUUCGGGUUUUGGGUCAGUGAGGAUUUUGUUGGAAAGUGGUGAAAAUGGGGAAGUGGGAUGGUUGAAUAGACGAGUAUAUUUUUAUGAAGGUAAAUAACGAGUGGAUUUUUUUCUUUUUUUUUUUCUGGAACGUGGUUUGCAAUGUUGAAGUGAGAGAGCGAUAAUUUGGCUUUGGGGGUCCCAUCGGGACUCGUGAACAGCCUUAAACCAAACAUUUAAGUGCUGGAAGGUUUGGAGCAGGAAGGUGUGUAAAAUCCAUCCUUGGGGUGAAAAUGUUCCGCUGUUUUCCUCAAGUCUAUACCACUAGGAUUGUUUAUUAUUGUUGUUUGGGGGUGUUUUGUUUUUUGUUUUCCUCCUCUCUGUCGGCGUGCUUUGUUGUUUUCUUCUAGUUUGUUUGCACUCUUUGAUUUCUCUGAAAAAAAUUGGAAAAGAUCAACCGGAGCACACGGGACUUCCUCUGUUGCCGCUUCACUCUGGUUACCUUUGAUAAAUGGCAGCAGACAGGAGGACGAUUUAAAGCACAGAGUAAGAGGAAACAUCCUUUACUCACCUCGAGCCUGGCUCGUUUGAAGCGCCGGCACCCAGUUGGUCAGAGCUUUCAUGGGACAUAAUCGAAGCAGCGAUUUUUAUACCAGAGCUGGUGGAAAAUUUUGCAUCCUGCACCAGAGUGAAGUAGCAAGCUCGCACGUUCAGGGAGGGCAGCUCCAGCUUUGGUUGGAAGGUCUGCCUACUGUAGCAACCACUUUGGCAGAUAACCAACCGAGUGUGUUUUUUAAUUUGAAUGUAACUGUCUGAAAAAUGACUUAAAAGACUUCCCUCCCUGCUCCUCGGUCAUGUGCUCGGGUUCAUCUUUUGAAGUCGUCACCUAAGAUGCAAAAACACCCUGAAAAAAAUAAAUAAAAACCACUGUACUAUACACAAUAUCUGUUUAGGUGGGACCUCGCAUGUCUCGCUGAAGUCUUCCUGCAACAAAAAGCAUUCUGGGUAAUCCCACUAAGAGAAAACAGGAGCCUGGAGAAGGGAAAGCUUCAUUUAAAGAGCCUGUACUCCUGGUCAGAGCUGCUUUUGAUUUGGAUGCUACAGCUUGAGUUUAGUGAAAAAAGAAAAUAUUUUUUUAUUAUUUUGAAGGACUGAGAUGCACUUGGAUGGGUCUAUUAUUUUCUCUUUUUUGUUUUCCUCAUUGGUGGAAAUGGUAAAACAGAUGUAAAUGCACCAUAUCCACUUAUUUAUAAAGCAGUGCUGUUUAUUCCACAAGAAAUAUCAUUAAGUUUUCUUUUUGGGAGAAGGAAAAAAUGAUGUAUUGAGCUCUCAAUAUAUAUAUAUAUAUAUACAUACACACACACACACACACACACACACACACACACACACACACACACACACACACAUAUAUAUAAAUGUGUGUGUGUUAAAAAAAAUCCAUCCAGUGUUUGAGAAACUUGAAUUUUAUUUAAACUUGAAAAAUGACUUUGCCUUAACUUUUCUACAAGACAAGCAUAGUUUUAUUUCUUUUCAGAAAAGAUCCCCAAAAUGUUAACGAAGCGUGAGAUGUGGAAAUAUUUAGUCACACCAGACGUCACAAGUCUUACUGCGAGAGAGAGAGAGAGUACAAAUCUAGCAGCGUUUCCUUUCUUUUCCUACUUUUUGUUUUUUGUUUUGUGUAAAAUGUACGAAAAUCUUGGGUCAUUCUUUUGGUUUCUUGUUCAAUAGUUUCAGGUUUUUUGGGGAUUUUUUUUGUGCAGGGGGGUGGGGGUGGGAUAAAAACCUUGUAAUUGCAAAUCUAGUCAAUACUGUAUUAAAUAUGUGCACUUUGAAGUGUGUGCUUUGCUUGUACAGAUGUAAAUACUCAGAAAAAUAUAAGAGGUACCUUAAAAUGAUUAUAAAAAUAUAUUGAUCCUUGUUAACUAUAAUGUCGCUAUCGAGCUGGAUGUAGACUAUAAAAGAAAAAAAAAAGACGUGAUGUCGUGCGUUCGGAAAUAUUUUUCUUUAACUACUAUUGUUUUUCAGUUUGGGUGUGCUGAGUUUGAUUCCUGCUCCGCUCUGCAGUGUGAGCAGAUCAUUUAUUGUAUUUUUUUUUGUUUUCGUUCUUUCAUUCCUUUAUAAACUUUCGCUGUGGGUUCGGUCGCACCUGGAUGCUCAGGUGCGACAGUAACCCCGCCCUCCCUCUCCUCAGCGUUCACAGUCUGUGGUUCCGACAAAGCCGAGUGUCCACCGGCAUCCUCUUCGAAGCUCUGGCUUCUUUUUCUUUCACUGAUUACAGUUGAUUUUGGGGGAAUUUUCCUCACAGUGUGUUUGCUUUUUGGACAGUCUGAAUGAAGCUUUUUAGCAAAACAAAAACAAAGCACUACAUGUUGGAUAUUUACUCUGUUUUUGCCAUUGUUGAGUACUCUGCUAACAGUGCCAAAAGAUGAGACGUGACAUGAAAGCUGCAGCUAAAGGCAUUAAUGCAAAACUUUAGGUAACACUAAUACUUAAGAUGAGAUGUUCAUGCAUAUGCAGCUCAGUAGGCUAUAAUCAAACUGCACUGUGUCCACAUUGGUCGGGCAGCAUGACUAGACUGCAGCUUUUAUUUGAGAAUAUUAGAAAUCCUCGUUCUGGCUCCAAAUAUCCACCAACUCUGGUUAACGAUGACCAUCUGAGGGCUUAUUUUAUUGGUUUUUGUCUGAUGAGCUCAAACUCUAUUUUCUGCUUUCUGUCCAUAUUUUAGGAUGAGUGAGUAUCACAGUUUUGGGGGAAUCAGAUUUCAGGAAAUGAAAAGUCUGAGACCAGGAAGCGAUGAAGCUAGGUUAGCAGAAAAACACUGGACGCCUGGCUCUGUCAUGUUUUAAAUCUGUUUUAAAUUUCACUUGUCAACACAUUUGAUUUUUGCACAUACACCAGUUUAAAUGUGCGGAAAAAUAAAUAGAAACCAAAUAAAUUGCACAUUUCUGUUGUUAGUCAGUGAACAGCACAAAAAAAGGCAACUAAACCUCACAAAUCUUUUUGUGUGGCAGACCGCGUGCAUCCGAUUAUUGGUUCUUACGUGUUUUGUUAGAUAAGCCAUUUUUUGGUUUGUUUUUCCCAAACAGAGCCACGUGCUUUAUUAUAAAGGACAGGCAAAUACUCAAAAUACAUUUUUUAAAAAUUAAGUUUUGUUUUCAUAGAACAGCUAAAAGCUUUCCUGCAAAGGACCAAGCUUCAGUUUUAAAACAGGAAUAGUUUUGCUAGAUGUCGUUUCUCAGAUUUAGUUUGUUUCACUGGUUUUUGUGCUCGGCCCUGUCAUACACCUGUUUAUUUAAUGGGUUUCUUAGAGCUUUGUUACUGAUUUUUGGAUUUAUCUGUGAUAAAUCGCAGCGUUCAGAUUGUACCAACCUGCACAGUUAGAGCCAGAGAUGAUCUUGAAAAGCUAUUCAACUUCCUCUUCACCUGAAACUGAACAAAUUUUGCUGCAGACCAACAGGGGGCACCCUGAGUGAACCAGAGUGAAUCGAGCAGGUUUUGUAGUUUUCACAAUCAUUGAUAAAUUGUCAGAUUAGAAAUAAAACAGUUGGUGGGCUUUUAGACUUUGCCCAUAAAAUCCUUUCAGAUUGACUGGAUUUACGACAGGUGGUUUUGGUUUUCACACAAUAAUGAGAUGUUAGAAGUGUAGAUGAGCCACAGUGGAAACUUCAGUGUGCCUAUAAUAAGCAGCUGGUCGUGGUGAUGCCAUCAGGAUACCAUGGAGGUGGUUCAUGCUCCACUGAUGUCUCUGGCAGAAACGCAUUUUUCUACAGUCGGAAACCUGUAAAAAUCUAAAAAUUGAGCUUUUAUUAAUAAUUUCAACCACUUCUGUCAGAAACAUGGUGAGGGAAAAUGUUUACUGGAAGUUCAGAGAGUGGGAAGAGUUGUUUAAGUCUAAUCUGGCCAACGUCUGCAAAUGUAUUCUCGGUUUAUCCAUUUCUCUGUGCGUUUGGGUCGGGGUCCAGUAAUCCCUUUUGGUCUGAUUUCAUUUAGUAAGCCUUUUAGAUGCUGGACAGAAAACCAGAGCUUUUCAGACAGAAAUCAAUAAAAAGAAAGCCUGAACCAUCGAAGCUGGCCAAUCAGCAGCCAAACCGACUUUGACGUACCAUCGGGCGGAUGCUGGUUUGCUGAAAAGAGGGAUUGUUGGUGGACACUUCUUGGUUUAGUCGAGGCGAUGUGAUGUGUGACGCCCAUCAGAAGCUUCCCAGUGAAGCACAUCUUGAACACUCGGCACUUGAGGUGGGGGAUUAUUGCAGCCUGCCGCCAGGUGACGACGAGUCUCGGUCCCUCGGAUUGUGCAUUUCGUUUAAAAAAAACAAAAAAACAAGGCGACUGUUUGGAGUCGUCAUUGCGGCUGUUUGAGAUAAGUUUCCUGCCCAGGUGUCGAUGUGAGCGCGAGACAUCCAAGGAGCCAAAAACCAUUCGACCCGCUCUGUGCAGUUUUGUUUUUUUCUCUUCAGAUUAAUGUUUGUGAUUUCUUGUUCAUGUUCAUCAGCUCCAAGAUUUCCUCUACUGAGAAAUAAAUGUACAAAUGUUUUGUUUUUUUCCUAUGUGCUUUUUUGUUUGUUGGGGGGGUUAAAGGCUCAACUGGAAUGAGAGUAGUUUACCUUGUUCAGAGCGAUGUUUCUCACGUACAGUACAUUUAACACGCAGUUUGAGAUGUCUGUUAAAACCAUUUGAUCACAUGUGGACUGCAGUUCGAUGUGGCAAAGAAAACCAAUAACCGUGCCAUUAUACAACAGUCGUUUUUGUCUUGGCUGGGCAGUUUAACCUGUACAUACAUAGCUGAGCGCUUACCGUCUCGGGCUUUUAUUUUUGUUUUUUUACUUUAAGAUGUGAUUUUCCUGUUACUGGAAGCCUGGAGACACCUUCAGUUUGACACCAGUGACUGCAGGAGCGUUUUUCACGCGGUGUAACUUGCGGUGGAUCCCCCGCCUGAGGUCGAGGCGUCUUCUGCCUCUGGUGGCCUCGAACUUUGAGAAUACAAACUGGGCAUCUCUGAACUGUGAAUGUGUGCAUGUGUGGAAAAAAAUAAAAUGUACCACCCAGCUAAUCCAGGCCGAUGCAAAAGUGACUCUUUCCACAAGCGCGGUACCUCAGACUGGAUGGUACCGCUUUCAAAGGGAUCUCUUAUUCUGGCGGGAAAGACACCGCGAGCUCCGCGCCUCUUCAGUCUUGCCGGCGUUCAUCCAGAUGCUCAGCGGUGGCAUUUUUGAAGGAGCUCCCUUUUCCUCGUGGACUUCUGCAUGGAGCGUCACACUUCAUAUCAGCCUGUUGGUCGUCUCAGACCUCCUUCCUGUUCGUCCAUUUUGACAGUGCCAUUUUUUUUCUUUGUUUUUUUUGUUUUUCCUCCACGAGGGUUGCAUCUUGUCAUUUAAAAAAAAAAAAAAAGACCCCCUUGUGUUUUUGUGUUUUCAUUUUGUUUUUCAAAGAUGUAUAACAAUGAAUGCACAUCAACUGACUGGAAAAGGACUCUAUGAACUCACUGUGGUUUAACUCAUUAACACUCUUACCAUGCUACGCUAACAGCUGUGGACAAUCGACGACUCCACCGUGUUGGGGUUUGGACAGAUAAUUUUGCCUAACGACACCUUUAACAGACGUGGAAUGGAGGUUUGCGAUCAAGAGGGCUUCUCUCUAUUUUUUUUGUUUUGUUUUUGUUUGUAUUUUGUUAAUUAUUUUUUUUUGUUUGGGUCUUUUCUUCCAUCGAGACUGGAAUCAAGCGUACAUGUCAGCUAUAGAUAAUUUAAGUUACUCUUGUGUCAUGAUGUAAACUGUCUAAUUUGGAGAAAAAAAUGUAGCUUACUGAAAAAUAAAGAUUUAGGCACUGUUGAGGA